UGCGCACUUCCGGCGCGCGGGGCGGGGGCCGGAAGCGGCGGGCGCGGGGGGUGCUGGGCGGCGGCGGCGGCGGAGCGGCAGCGGCGGCGGCGAGAGGUCGUGGACGGAGCGGACAUGGAGAGGCUGGUGGAGCGGCUGGAGAAGGCUGUGGAGCGCCUGGAGACCGUGUGCCAAGGCCCCGGCAUGUGCGGAGAUGGCUCCUCCAAGGGAGUGGCUCAGUACGUGCAGGCGUUCGAUGCCCUUCUGGCCGGCCCGGUGGCUGAGUACGUGAAGAUCAGCAAAGAAGUUGGCGGGGAUGUGCAGAAGCACGCUGAGAUGGUUCACGCAGGCUUGAUGAGCGAGAGGUCUGUGCUGGUGAUGGCAUCGCAGCAUCAGCAGCCAGCAGAGAAUGUGUUCUCGGCACUUCUGAAGCCGAUUUCGGAGCAAAUCCAAGUGGUGCAGAAUUUCAGGGAGAAGAACCGUGGUAGCAAACUGUUCAAUCACUUAUCGGCAGUCAGCGAGAGCAUCCCAGCCCUGGGCUGGGUGGCCAUGGCUCCGAAGCCUGGUCCUUACGUAAAAGAAAUGACUGAUGCUGCCAUGUUUUAUACCAACCGGAUCCUUAAGGAGUACAAGGACGUAGAUAAAAAGCAAGUGGACUGGGUGAAAGCUUACCUGAGUAUCUGGACAGAGCUGCAGGCCUAUAUCAAGGAGUAUCACACCACGGGGCUGACCUGGAGCAAAACAGGUCCUGUAGCAACAGAAGGGGCUAAAGCGCCAUCCGCUCCCCCCGCAGGGGCUGCGCCGCCCCCCCCAGGCCCUCCUCCCCCUCCUGCUCCUGCCCCCACGGGCUCCAGCACCGACGACUCUGCCUCCCGCUCGGCGCUCUUCGCCCAGAUCAACCGGGGGGAAGGCAUCACGUCUGGCUUAAGACAUGUUUCAGAUGACAUGAAGACCCACAAGAAUCCAGCACUGAAGAACCAAGGAGGUCCUAUAAGAAGUGGACCCAAACCUUUCACUGCUCCCAAACCAGCCUGUAGUGCUAAUCCUUCCCAAAAAACCUCUCCAAAGCAACCUGCAAUACUAGAAUUAGAGGGCAAAAAGUGGAGAGUGGAAAACCAGGAGAAUGCCGCUAACCUGGUAAUCAGCGAUACAGAACUGAAGCAAGUAGCUUACGUCUUCAAGUGCACAAAUAGUACACUCCAAAUCAAAGGCAAGAUCAACUCCAUCACCCUUGAUAACUGUAAGAAGCUAGGUCUGGUGUUUGAUGACGUGGUGGGCAUCGUAGAGAUCAUAAACAGCAGGGACGUUAAAGUUCAGGUAAUGGGUAAGGUGCCAACAAUCUCCAUCAACAAAACAGACGGCUGCCACGUGUACCUGAGCAAGAACUCCCUAGACUGCGAAAUCGUCAGUGCCAAGUCAUCGGAGAUGAAUGUCCUUAUUCCCACGGAGGGCGGUGACUUUACUGAAUUCCCUGUCCCAGAACAGUUCAAGACGGUGUGGAACGGUCAGAAGCUGGUUACCACUGUGACGGAAAUUGCUGGCUAAGCAGAACAGCUCCAAGGCUCACGCCCUCCCCUGGCCCUGCUGUGGGACAAAUCUGCUUUCAGAUGAUUCUCUUAGAUUUCUUGUACCUUUCUGCUCUCAAACUGCUUCUCUUCUACCCGAGAGACACAGCUACCUGCCGUCACUGAAAUACCUCUGGCUGGGAUGUGGUAUAGGUGGCGGGUCAGUGAUUGUCCACAUCUAUUAGCAGGAAGGUGUAUUUUUCCCCCUCCCUUUGUCUGAUCUAACUGCACCAAUUGAUCGUGUCAGAUUUUGGGUGAACUUCACAGCCAGUACUGGCGGUUGGCUUUCAGAGUGUUGUUCGGGUUUUGUUUUAAUUUUUGUAUUGCCUUUAAGCAAACUGUUCACGUGAGAGAGGAGUGUUGUCCCCUUUUUAACAAAUACUGUUGUCUGUUGGGGUCCAGAAGCACACAGUUGCCAUUGCAAGUGUCUGAAGUUCCUGGAAGCUGCUUAUUCCAGCCCUACGUGCUAAUCAGUGGCAUUACAGGACAUGGGAAUGGCUUUGUUGGACCAAAGGCUGAGGACUUGGGCCAUAGCAUUCUACCUUGAUUCCCCUUUCAUCAUUCCUACUAGCUCAGUGCGUUUCUGCCUGUGCCAUGACAGGAGGCUUUUUAUUAACCAGUGCCACAGGAAGACUGCGGUGGAGUCGCUGCAGUUCCCCCCCCGGCAGUCCGGCUGGUAGCUUGGAGCUGAGCUCUAACCUCUUCCCAUGAGCCCUCCACCCUCUCAAGGGAAUCUUUACCCCAGGGCUUCCUGCUCGGAGCAGCUGAACUCAGGUUCAGUGCUCCAGGACGGUUCUGACCCUGUCCCCUCCUGCAGGGGAAGGGUCUCCUUCAUUCCAGGUCAGUAGUGCAGUAUUAUCGAUACCCAAGUUGGAUCAAGUUGGUUCAUCACUCUCUUCCUCAUCUGCAAUCGGUCACCAUUGCGUGAAUCUCCUCAACCUCCCCUUCCCCCUUGCUUGGCUCUUUACAUUGGUGGAAGCUUGCAGCCUCUGUUCCAGGGCCCUGGAGCAGAGUGAUGGAUCUACACCUCAGUACUGUAUUGACCCGUAAAGGGAGCUGCACGUGCUUUGACCUUCAUUUUUCCAAUGCCUCGGGUGGCAUAAGCAUAUCGUAAAUGCAUUUCCUCGGUAAAGUGUCAAUGUUCUUUUUCUCUAGGACAAAACUUACAGAAAAAUAUGCAAUUUUUUUAUGUUAAGACUGUCCUGUGACUUGUACUCGUCUUCUCCUGAGGCUUGUGAAAAAUAAAAACCUUUCUUAUGUACUUAAGAUUAUACAGAAGAUAGAAUAAAGUUAAUGCCAACUUGCUCAUUA